AUGACUGUCGAGAACCCAACGGAUGUCUUGCAUACUGUCAAUCUUGUUACACAAUGUCUCUGCAUUCCAAUCGUGACGAUCUUCGUAAUCUUGCGAUUUUAUACUCGGUUUCGAUUCAAGCAUCCUCUAGGAGUUGAAGACCUUGCCUGUACCAUUGCUUGGCUUCUGUUUAUGGGAUAUUGUGCAAUAUCCAUCGUCGUUGGCCAACAUGGAGGAGGAUACGAACUUAGUGAUAUUAGCCCUCACGAGCUAAUCGCAUUCAAAAAGUUCUGCUAUAUUGCGACUAUUCUCUACUGUCCGAUGGCGCUCUUCGUCAAAAUCGCCCUCCUAGCAAUUCUCACCCGCAUCUUCGCCCCCUUCCGCAGCAAAGUCUGGUUUAUCUAUAUCUUCCUCGCCUGCUUAUGCUGCUACUACACCGUUGCUCUGAUCGUCAAGAUUCGCAUCUGUGCUCCCAUUCCCAGAUACUGGCUCGGUGACGUGGUGAAGGGAAGCUGUCUAGACCAGACCGCUGCCCUGAUCGCCGACUCCGUGAUUAGUGUGGUCAGUGACCUCAUCAUUCUUAUUCUCCCAUUGCCAUUGACAUGGUCUUUGCAAAUGUCGCGCAAUCGAAAGCUGCGCGUGGUAGGCCUACUUGGCGCUGGUGGGCUGGCCACCGGGUUCAGUCUUUACCGAUUGAUCAUGGUGUUGCAAGGUUCAAGCGAUGAGGGCCUUAUGUUCGUUCGUGUCAUCUUAUCCGGCAAUGCCGAGGGAGGCGUUGGAUUGAUCUGCGCCUGUCUACCUGUCCUCAAUGUCCUACUGUCCCACUACAAGAAGAACCACUCGUCCCAGAAAUACUACAAUGGCGCCUCUACCCAUCCGUUGAGUGAUAGGAAAUCGGCCCCGGCUUCCCGUACUGCUACUGACUGGGAUAAGGUGGCAAACUUUGGUGACCAGAGCCAUCUGAUUUCAUUUGCUGGUCACCCGGAGGCUGGUGAGUCUGAGUCUAUCAACGACCAGGAGGGCAUCAGGAAGACCGUGGCUGUAUCACAGACCGUGGAAACAUCUUAA